GGCAGCCCUGAACCCUACCUCACCUCAACUCUCAGCUCCGCGUUCUCGACACCUAGACGUCCACUCAUCUAUCCAAUUCCCAAUCCAACCGCUGCCUCCGAAACUCAUCCCUCCACGCGACUACCACUCCAUCCGCCCAGCAUGGCAAUCUUCAGCGCCGUCCCUCCCCCCGAGGCCAUCGACCACCAGAUCCCCAAUACCGUCUCCUCGCCGUCACCCCAAUCCCAGACCCCGGUCGCCGCCCACGUCGCCGCCCAGAGCGCGACCGCCGGUUCCGUCGAUAUUGAGGCGUGGACAGUCUCCGCCCUCGAGUCCCUGAGCGUCAGCCCUGGUGCCCGCGGCACGGGUACGCCACUGCCCAUCAACCUCGACGAGCGGGUCAAGAAGGCCUCUGCCGCCGCUGUCACGAUUGCCACCGAGACGACGACAACUGUACAGCAGACGCCUAUCCGGCGGCCUUUGAGCAGGCGGGAUAGCCAGAAGAAGAGGGACCAGCUUCUGAAGGGGAAUGAGGGGAGCAGGGCGCGUCGGCGAUGGGAGAAUGACCGCCUCAUCGGUGUACCAAACGCCCAACCCCCCCUCCCAAGCGACUGGGAAGUCCACCCCACCUACCCAGUCCAAGUCGUCCCCUAUCAAGUCGCCCAGUUUUGGGACACCGGCCUCCGCCAGCGCAUCGAAGAGAAGACGGCCAAACUCCAGGCGCAGCGCAAGAAGCAGCAGCGCAAAGACGGGUCCGCGACAGGCUUGUCCGUCGGCGAGGUGCCGCGCGAUCUGCGCGACACGGCGAAGCGGACGCCUGCUGUGCGCGGGUGGGUGCGCGUCCUCGAGGAACCCGUGCGGAGUUUCUUGAAGGAACGGAGCGAGGCGAGCGACGCGGAGGGGGAUAGCGAGGACGAGGAGAUUGUCUUUGUGGGCAGGAAGGGGAUGGCCUCUGCUGGCAAGGGGUGGAAGAAGGCGAGGAGGGAGGUGGGGAGCGAAAAGCUUGAUGACGGGAUGGUGUUUGACUCGUUGGGGGAUGAUGAGAGUGCUUCGUUCAAACGAUGGUUAACGCAUUCCAUUUCGGAUUACUACGGUCUACAAUCCCACUCCGUCACUACCGGGGAGCCCGCCCGCCGGGUAGUGUACGUCACGGUACGGGAACAGGGCAAGCGGUCGAGUCCGAAGAAGCAUACAGUCUUGCCUCGCCCUCUGUGGGAGAUGUGCUAAGCUAUGUGCUACCGGCCCCCGGGCCCCUUUUUGCAUAGUCACACUUGUCUUCGGCAUAAUACAGUCAUUUUAGAGGUGCUAACUCUCCGAACUAUUUCUCUAUACCGCAUCGUUGUAAACGGCACUAUCCAAAGAUACCAUUGCAGGCCUUUCUUGGAAGCCG